CCUCAGGUCCUGGAUCAGGGAGACGAGCAAUCAUAAAGCCAAAAACUUUGAAAAAACUCUACAUGUCAGUCGUUGGCGAAAAUCACGCAGGUUUUACAGGACAUUACAACUACUAUGGGAUGAACGAGCUAGCGAAGAGUCCUGAUAUGGACUUUAAGAAGAAAACAUGGAUUUAUAUUGGAGGAUACAUGGAAGCCAAUGCGUGGAAAGCUGGACGGAAUGUGGGAUAUGACUACAAGGCUAGAGGAUAUAAUGUGAUCUCUCUGGAUACAAUUGAGUUCACAGCGAGAUAUUAUCCUCACGCCGUCCGAUUAUCCCGCGCUGUUGGUAAGCAUGUAGCAGAAAUGCUAGUCAAGUUAACAAACCAUGGUCUCGACCCUAAAAAACUGGAGAUUACUGGCAUGAGCCUCGGAGCACACACUAUGGGCUUCGCAGCUAAGGACUACAGAUUAAUGACUGGACAGAACAUCUCAUUACUAACAGCACUAGAUGGUGCUGGACCAUGCUUCAGACAUCGCGGGCCAGAUGAGAGAUUGGAUAAAUCUGACGCCGAUUUCGUGGUCAGCGUUGUUACAACUAUGGACAUAUCAAGCAUAUCCGCUCAUUUCGCUCAUGUAACUUUCUAUGUAAACGGGGGAGCAUACCAAGUAGGUGAUAUUGCGUGGCUUCCCUGUGAUGCUUUGUGUAGUCAUUCCAGGGCAUAUUUCGUCUGGUGGGCGGCUGUGGUACAUCCUAGGGGUUUUAUAGCUGUGCGUUGUGAUACUGUGCAGCAAGCUAGAGACGGUGACUGUUACGAUUUGCAGCCAAUGGUGACGAACACUAUGGGCCUGCUUACUGACAGGAGCAGACCAGGAAUUUAUUAUCUGCGUACAGCCAACAGAUGGCCUUAUGCUUUGGGAAGACGAGGUUUGAAGAAAGCUUAAACAGUGAUAAGUUGAUAACGUAAAUUGUUACAAAG